UUGCGAUAUUGGUUUGAAGAAAUUCAGAAAAGAGACAUCAAUUGUGCCAAUUAUUUGGUAGAGAUAGGAAUAUCUCAUUGGACACUUGCGUACUUCCCAGGAAUGCGAUACAAUGUGAUGAGCAGCAAUAUCUCGGAGUCCCUAAAUGCUGCAAUGCAAAAAGCCAUAGAUUUCCCGAUAGUGACGAUGGUAGAAUUCAUUAGGACUAUGUUAAUGCGUUGGUUUUACGAGAGAAGAGAAGCUGCAACUAGAACGAGGACAAGAUGUACGCCAGAGAUCGAGGAAAUGCUAAUAGAUCACCUGAAAUUAGCGACAGAUUGUGCUGUCAUAGCAGCAAGUGAAUGGAUUUAUCAAGUAAACGACGGUUUUGGUAUCGUUUUCACUGUGGAUCUAGAGAAAAAAACAUGUACUUGCAGAGUAUUUGAUGUGCUAAUGGUGCCGUGUUGUCACGCUUUAGCCGCGGUGGGGAUAAGGAACGUGGACAUUUACUCCCUGAUCGGGAACUAUGCAUUCGUGACGGAGUGGCGUAAGCUCUGGCGUGCCCAUAUUCUACUUCCGCCUAAGGAAAAAGACACGGAGGUCCCAAACGUAGUUAGUGAAAUGGUUGUGAAUCCACCAAAAACAAGAAGACCAGGCGGAAGACCAAAGACAGUACGCAUACCAUCGCGGGGAGAGUAUCAGGGCAAAGGAGGGAAGAAAAAAAAACCUAACAAAUGCACCACAUGUGGGAAGGAUGGCCACAACAGAGCAACUUGCAAAAAUCCUAUCUAAGUUUUAGGGAAUAAUACUUCGGCGGCUUUUGGUCCAUGAAGUAUUGCGGAAAAGAGGGUUUAUCGUUACGUAGGUUGGAUAGGCCACGGGAAAUUUGUUUAGUCCAUGGCUUAACAUCCAAUUUUUUAGUCCAUGGCUUAACACGGAAAGUAUAACUAAUAUAUAUUUAUCUUUUGGUAAUUGGAUGUAGUAUGACAUGUAUGGGUAUCUUUUGGCAAGCACAUCUCACAACUUAUCGAACAAAAACUAUAUAUAUUUAUCAUA